CCCUGACAUGUGUUCAAUCCUUUAGUUCAAAUAAAAUACAGCCUGAAAUGGAAGAAUCAAUCUAUGACCAAGACAGGACAAUAAAGACAGGAGAGAAUUCCCGAAGCUUGGAGCAUCAAUCAGAUAAAGAAAGUAAUGGAAUUGGCUGCUGUGGAUUUAUUUUGAUCUUCUUUUCAUUUUUGCUGGUUCUGGUCACUUUUCCAAUCUCAAUAUGGUCAUGCUUGAAGAUUGUUCAGGAAUACGAGAGAGCAGUAGUCUUCCGACUGGGUAGAGUCAGAAAUGGAGCAAAAGGUCCAGGACUUGUCUGGGUCUUGCCUUGUACUGAUGAUUUCUGCAGAAUUGAUUUGAGAACUGUCUCAUUCGCUGUUCCUCCUCAGGAGGUUCUGACAAAAGACUCUGUAACAAUAAUGGUGGAUGCGGUGGUAUUUUACCGGGUUUUUAAUCCGACUGUUGCUAUAGUGAAAGUAGACAAUGCCAAUUUAGCGACUCACAUGCUGGCUCAGACUACACUUAGGAAUAUGCUGGGAACCAAAAGCCUGACAGAAAUUCUAGUAGAACGUGAAGAAAUGGCUGACCAAAUGGGGAAAAUUUUAUAUGACGCUACAAAAGAAUGGGGAAUUCGAGUGGAACGUGUUGAAAUCAAGGAUGUAAAGUUACCAGAUUCAUUACAGAGAGCAAUGGCUGCUGAGGCAGAAGCUGCGCGGGAAGCCAGAGCAAAGGUAGUGGCGGCAGAAGGAGAAAUGAAUGCCUCUCGGGCCUUAACAGAAGCAGCAGUUAUUAUGUCAGAGUCACCUGCAGCACUUCAGCUACGCUACCUACAGACCCUCUCACAUAUUUCAGCAGAGAAAAAUUCUACUAUUGUAUUUCCAAUACCUAUAGAUUUCUUAUCGUCAUUAUCAUCACUAUCUUCUAAGUAAACAACAUUUUACCACAUUCUACAGGUUAACCCUUUUUAAAAACAAAAGAGGAAGGUCUAAAUAAACUAAAUUAUGAUGUUAUUACAAAUCAUAAUUUAAUAAGAAAUUGUAAUCCAAAAAUAAAAUGAAAGGUUAUAGGGC